GUUCAGAUCCUGAGAGAGUGUUUUAAAAAUUCUUUUAGUUCUUAUACAAUAUCGAAAUAGAAUCUUGACAUUUCAAUUAGCUUUGAAUACAAUGAUUUUUAUAUAUACUCUAAUGUUUAUAAAAAACAUUUGUAUAGUUGUAAACGGAUCUACUGUUUAUUCGCGCCUCGUUCCCAUUGCAUUCGCGUAAAUUAUCGUCGAUACAGUGUGAUGAGAUGAAUCAAUCAGUCGCGUGAAAGAAAUUUAGGACAAAGGCAAUUUCAAAUUAAUUUCGUAUACGCGCGUUUAGUGCUCCCUUCGCCAGGUGUCGGGCGACCAUAGAACUAUACAAGUUCUAUGCGGGCGACAUGCUUGGACAUGCUUUCCGAGGUCUAACCUGUAUGUACAUGUAUAUUGACAUCGUAGUAUGUUAUAGCCUCUCCUGCGGCCUCUGAAAACCGACCUUUGAAAACUGUGUAUCAAAACAAAAAGAAUUGAUGAUCUACGAGUCAUCAUGCCUCAAUCGUGGGAAUCAGCGGACAAAAGCAUAAAAAAGAAUGUGCUAAAGUCUGGAGUGUUUAUCAAGAAACCAACGGAAUGCUCUACAUGUACUGUUAUUGUGGAGAAGAUAAAUGUUUCUGGAACAUCUGAAGCGGAUUUGAGAGAGAAAUAUCACACCACUAUUCUUGACGGCGAGCCAGAGAAGACUGUGAUCAUAGGAGAAGCUGGUUCAGAAAUUGAUGAAAAAAUUGAGAGAGUGAUUUGCAUGAUGAAUAUCAAUGAGAGGAGUCUCGUUACCAUUAUCAUGCCUCUAGAACAAUCAGACGAUUUUGUAGUUAGUAACAAAUCCAUAAUAGUUAAGUUUGAAAUCGUAUUGACUCACUGUAAACGGUACAAAUCAGUUUGGGAAUGGAGUGCCGAAGAAAAGUAUAAAGUGGCUUUGAGAUACAAAGAGAGAGGUACCGAAUUGUUUAAAAGCUCCCAAAUCAUAGAUGCAUUCCGCAAGUUCAGUAAAGCUUGCAAGCUUCUGAUAACAUUAGAGCCGAUAGUGGACUUGGAACUGGACACGCAGUUGGAGUGCAAUAUUAAUGAUUUAAGGCUUGCAUUGUAUAAUAACAUGGCCAUAUGCCAACUAAAGCAAAAGAAUUAUCAGCAUGUUGUUACACUGUGUAUCAAGGUGUUGAAUAAGGAUGAAAAUAAUGUUAAGGCCUUGUACAGGAGAGGAGUGGCACAUGGCAGUAUGGGAGACUACGAAAAAGCUAUUGCAGAUCUGAAAGCAGUGCUUACUUUAGAAUCUAGUAAUCAUUCAGCGAAAAAACAGUUUGACAUUUAUAAUACCAGGUUGCAAGCAUCAAUUCAGAGAAAUAAAGACAUGAUGAGAAGAAUGUUUAAGACUUACUAGUAAAUUUUAAGUACUUCAUAACUGUACAUAUACUUAAUUUUUUAAGAAAUAAAGUAUAUUUAUUUUGCAAAUGAAAAAAA